AUGGGGGGAUGCUUCUCCAAACCCAAGCCAGUGGAAGUCAAAGUCGAAGUUGUUCUACCAGAGAAAGAAAGGGAAAAAGAAGAAUUAUCACCCAAUGGGAAGGCCAGUCCUCUAGCAUACAAAGCAAAUGGGACAACUCGACAUUAUCACCAUGAAGAAAGACCCAUUGUUCUUAAUCCUUACACCAAUCCCAAAGACAUGGUGGAAGCCUCAGUUUGCCAUGUAAAGGACCUAGAGAAUGGACAAAUGCGGGAGGUUGAUUUAGGAUGUGGCAAAGCUUUGCUCAUUAAGCAAAAUGGAGAGUACUAUGCAAUGGGACACAAAUGCCCUCAUUAUGGAGCACCAUUAGUGAAAGGUGUGCUUUCUAGAGGAAGAGUGCGCUGUCCAUGGCAUGGAGCAUGUUUUCAAUAUUGCGACAGGUGAUAUAGAAGAUUUCCCAGGAUUAGAUGGUUUGCCAAAAUUUCAGGUUAAAAUAGAGAAGGAAAGAGUAUACAUCCGUGCCAGUAAACAGGCUUUACAGUCACAAAGAAGGACCAAAGUUAUGGCUAAAUGUAUUGCGCUGAGUAAUUAUAGUACAGCAAUUACUAAUAUUCUCAUAAUUGGAGCAGGGCCGGCUGGAUUAGUGUGUGCAGAAACAUUAAGACAGGAGGGAUUCUCAGAUAGGAUUGUAAUGUGUACUUCAGAGAAGUAUCUGCCAUAUGAUCGGUCCAAGCUAAGCAAAUCAAUGGAUUCUCAGGCAGAACAGAUUUUUCUAAGAUCCCAGGAAUUUUUCCACAUAUAUGAUAUUGAAGUGCUAACUGAAACACAGGUUGUCAACUUGGACACAAAGAACAAGACAGUUGUCUUUAAGGAUGGAUUUAGAAUGGAAUACAACAAGCUACUUAUUGCUACUGGAAGCACCCCUAAAACUCUGAAAUGUAAAGGAAAAGAACUGGACAAUGUUUUCACAAUUCGAACCCCAGAAGAUGCCAACAGAGUGGUGAAGCUGGCAAGUAACAGGAAUGUUGUAAUUGUGGGAGCAUCUUUCUUAGGGAUGGAAGUUGCAGCCUAUCUCUGUGAAAAAGCUCACUCUGUGUCUGUGGUGGAAUUGGGAGAAUAUUCCUUUUAAGAAGUUUCUAGGAGAAAAAGUUGGGCUUGCGAUUAUGAAGGUAUUUGAAAGUAACCGGGUGAAGUUUUACAUGCAGACUGAAGUUUCUGAACUAAGAGAACAAGAGGGAAAGAUGAAAGAAGUUGUGCUGAAGAGUGGAAAGGUCCUCAGAGCUGAUGUAUGUGUGAUUGGAAUAGGUGCAAGUCCUACUACAGGCUUCCUGAAACAGAGUGGGGUCACCAUUGAUUCCAAAGGAUACAUUCCUGUUAAUAAGAUGAUGCAGACGAACAUUCCUGGUGUCUUUGCUGCAGGGGAUGUUGUGACUUUCCCAUUAGCUUUUCGCAAUAACAAGAAAGUCAAUGUACCUCACUGGCAGAUGGCACAUAUGCAAGGUCGCAUAGCAGCACUGAACAUGCUGGCUCAAGGCACUGAAAUCAAUACUAUUCCAUAUCUAUGGACAGCCAUGUUUGGAAAGAGCAUACGUUAUGCAGGCAAUGGGGAAGGUUUUGAUGAUGUUAUCAUUCAAGGGGACAUUGAGGAAUUAAAAUUUGUGGCAUUUUACACAAAAAAUGAUGAAGUCAUUGCUGUAGCCAGUAUGAAUUAUGAU